UAUACUCUUCUCGCGCUGUAACAAACAUCGGUUAUUGAUUCCGGACUCUCGGAACACACCCCUUAACUAAUAUCACACUUUCCCUUGUUCUCCUAAUGGAUUCCUCUCGCAGACCAGACACCCUCCUCCCUCCUUUUCCAACCUACACCGACCACCACCCCCCCCCCAACAAUUACUGCAGCUUCUUCUGUGGACGCAAUCGCAUAAUCGCAUCUAGAUGCACUUCAGUAGUAGGCAGCAGCAGCCACUGCACCUGUCCUCCGAAUCACUAUAAAAUGGACACUUUAUUUCGCCAGAGGGGGACAAUAUUCGAAGAACAUCUCUAUUGCUCAGACGACGUUACGCUCGCUGCCUGAACUGAAUGCUUGUCAAAAGUGUCUCAAGUAUUCACGCAUUGCUGAAAAUGGAUUGGACUACAUCUGCUGCUGGUUAAAAAAAUUCUGAAUCGGUUUUUGAUGAAUCAUUGUGAUCGGUAUCCUAGAAAAACACUUGUACUCAAGAUGUGUACUAUCCACUGCAUGCUGCUUCAAAGAAUUCUGUGAUAGCCCAUGGUCUUACAAUUUGCUCGUUAAGUUCUAUUAUUUAUAAUCCAUAAUACACUUGAAAAGGAAAGUUCUAUUCUGUUGAUGCUGACAGGUGAUACACCCUUAACUCUUGAAAGGAAUGAUAAUAUAAUAACGUGAGACAUGAACAACCAAAACAAUAAUUAUUGUAGAUGGACUUCUUGAUUUGCUUUUGUUAUUAAUCAUUACUAUUUUAUAAAUAGGACCGGCCUAUUUCUGAAUUCGU